CGUAUUUAAUUUAAUUAUUGAGAAACACAGAGUACUUUGUAACAGACUGUUGAUAAACGAUUCGGAUCUAUUAAUCGACGGCGGAAAACUCACUUCAAGAAUAACUUAGUCUUUAUUUAACGAUAUUGAGAAGUAAAAGAUUAACUUCCUGCAACCGUAAGGUCAACGGCAACUACCGCUUCAACUUAGCUACGUCUAUCGAGUCUUCGGUCAUCGGUCACCGGUCACCGGUUUUCAAUCGUCAUCGUCUACUCAUAUCGGUCGAUCAAGACCGGAGCACUUCGCCGGCCGGCAGUGUACCGUGAGCAUCAGAGAGCAACGUACGUAUCACGCGCUCCGUCUCUUACGCGAAUAAACCGAAUGUAAUCUGGCUGCAAUCGAGUGACUUUAGCGCUUUUGUGUUAGUGCUAAGAUUGUCGUGGACCGCAUCCCGAAUCGCGCCCCGGUAUUUUUAGAAACACCUCGUUGUUCAAGUAUUCGUGUUGAUAAUGGCUCGGUAUCAGUUGCUGUGUUACUUCGUCGCUCUCGUUGGUUUCCAGGUCACUUCCAGCCAGCAUUCAAUAUCCUCAGAGACUACAGUAUCGAGUUUAGCAAAAGAAGUUGAAGAUAACAGUCGAUAUAAGACAUUGGAAGCCAAUGCUACGCUUUUAAAACUACUAGUCGAUGACAAAGAUGGCGUUAGCAGUUCUGAGGUAUUUGACAUGCUGCAUUCGCGUGACGACAACCAGGAGCACAUAGACUUGCCGACCUUCCCCGAGGACAUGGAGGACGUCCACGUCGACGUCACAGGCAUACCGGACGCCGAGGCCGAGUUUUUACAAGUUCCGGGUGAAACAGUUCGUAGGGACUCACAAAGAUUACGGUACGCAGGUCCGCGGGGCGAGCCUAUAGGUGCAGCUGCGGGCAUAAUGGUGGUGAUCACCUGCACCAUCGUGUGUCUCGCUUACACCGCCCUCGUCGUCUGGAGACGGAUAUAUAUGAAAAGAAACGGCCUGAAACAUGAACUUCUGAGAAAUGAGGAGGCUAUAGCGGAAACGAGAAUUGAACUGUGAAUAAUGAAGAUGAGCCAUAAACAUCUUCAGAAGAGCUUUUUUUAAACAAAAUUCAGACGAUUUUAUACAAUCUUUGGGUAUAAAAUAUUUUACUAUGAAUUCUCGAGCAAUAAGACUGAAUUUCAAUAAUAUGUAAGCCAAUAAUUCUUGCUUCGUAUUUAAAAUUUAAACGUAACUCUAAUUUGCUACAAGUACAAUAGAACCUCGAUAACUCAAACCUUGGUAACAUAAAAACCUCUAUAAGUUCCAAAAAUAACAUGUUCACUUCCCAUC